CAGGUAUCAAACACGAGUGGCAGGUGAACGGACUGGACGACAUCCAGGACCGCACCACGCUGGCCGAGAAGCUGGGCGGGAACGUGGUGGUGUCUCUGGAGGGCAAGCCGAUGUGAUGUCAUGUCAGCCAAGCGGAGCCAAGCCAACCGCCGUGCCAUCCGGACCGAAGCACCGAACCCCCCCGAACACCGCUUCACUCAGCAGCUUGCUCUGUCUGUCCCCUGUCCUGAAGGAGUUAGCGUCUUUAGGCCUCUUUGUUUUCUUUUUGUUCUUUUUGCUUUUUCCAACAUGAAGGAGAUCUCAGUAACGUACCGAUAUGCAAACACCUGCCCGUCUGUUGCCACAUCACUUCUGUUCACCUGGCAGAAGAAAAAAAAAACAGAAAAUGACACACUACCAAACCGGGACGGUUGUCUCUCUCGCAGCCAGAGUUUUGCCAAAAAGUCGAUGUGAAGGAAGCAGCCACGCGUGUGGGAGGCGAGCGCCGCACCGCGAAGCUCCGCCUCCUGCAGCUUUUUACAUAUGACUUUAUUUAUUAUUGUAAACUGUUGUUUCUUCUUCAGUGUGUUCGAACCAGGCAGACGUAUUGUUAGACUAUGCAUUGAGAAGAGGAGAGAAGAAGAAGAUCUAACCCAGCACUUUUUGUUGAAACACUACAGGUUCAAUUCUCUGUAUUUAUGUCACCGAGCUAACGUUUGUUUACCUCAGUUUCAUUCCUGUCGGACUCACCGUCAUUCUAGCUGUUUGGUCGUCGCCUUACUUUCAGUUUGAAUGUAACCGUCACACCAGUUAGUUAGAGUGCACUUUUAUUUUGUAAGGAAACACUACAGGAAGCAGAUUUGACCCCAGCAGUGAGAGACGACCCGACGACAACAACAAGAACACGACGACAUCUGGAGCCUUAAAGUGGAACGUUGUUUCUGAGAUCACAGGAAGCCACUUUGCAAUAAAAGCCUGUGGCAGAUCUGA